UCAUCAUAGUAUGUAGCCUAGGCCUAUGACUCUCACAUUGCAAUGUCAAAUCGGCAGUGUGCUAUGAGCUCGUGACGAUUCGCUGACGUGAAAUCAGCCGCACCACCCGGGAGAGAGAAGCUGCGAGGGAGCGAAAGGGCUGGGAGCAGGUCAUACUCUCUCGCUUUUUUAUCGAAUGUGAAGGGAGGCAAGUCCUGCGGAAAAACUAGCUAAAUUCCACCGAAAGGCCUACUAGGAGAGGUAUCCAAGCACUCAGAAAUGGAGGUUCCAACCUUGGGACAUAGUCUAACCAGCCCGAUGAGUCCGUGUGAGGGCAUGAUCAAGAACCUCAACUUGGACGCGAUACAUGUAUGCGAGCGAGAGGGUAACAAAUCCCAGGAGAGUGGCAUCUUAGAAAUGGAGGAGCUUCCUGUCCCUCAAAAUAUCAAGAUUAGCAACAUUACAUGUGAUUCCUUCAAGAUUUGCUGGGACACGGAGCCUCGUGUCAAGGAGCGGAUCACUCACUACUUCAUUGACCUAAACAAGAAAGAGAACAAGAACUCCAACAAGUUCAAACACAAGGAUGUCCCCACUAAGCUUGUGGCAAAAGCAGUGCCUCUGCCUAUGACAGUGAGGGGUCACUGGUUCCUUAGCCCGCGAACAGAGUACACUGUAGCCGUCCAGACCGCCUCCAAGCAAAGUGAUGGAGAUUACGCUGUGUCAGAGUGGAGUGAGAUUAUUGAGUUUACCACCGCUGAUUAUUCCACGGUGCAUCUAACCCAGCUCCUGGAGAAGGCUGAGGUCAUCUCUGGCAGGAUGCUGCCCUUCUCUGUGUUUUACAGAAACCAGAACAAAGAGUACUUUGACCAGGCCAGGGAGGUGCACGGGAACCGCAUGAUGCCAGCUAUUAAGGACAACAGUGGAAGCCAUGGCUCACCUAUUAGCGGGAAGCUGGAGGGCAUAUACUUCAGCUGCAACACAGAGUUCAACACAGGCAAGCCUCCCCAGGACUCUCCCUACGGCCGCACGCGUUUCGAGAUCAAAGCCGACAUCCUGUUCAAUCCCAAGACCAACCUCUACUUCGGGGACUUCUACUGCAUGUACACCGCCUACCACUACGUCAUCCUGGUUCUGGCCCCGCAGGGUUCGCCGGGAGAUGACUUCUGUAAGGCAAGGCUUCCAGCGCUCGACAUCACCAACAAUCGCUUCCUGACAUGCGUGGUGGACGAGGCGGCGGGCAACAGGGCGCCAGUAUUUCGGCACGCUCAGGAUGUGAUUUUGGAGGUGAUUUACACAGAGCCAGUGGACCUGGCGCUGGGCACGGUGGCGGAGAUCAGCGGGCACCAGCUCAUGAGCCUUUCUACCCUCAAUGCCAAGAAGGACCCCAGCUGCAAGACCUGCAACAUCAGCGUGGGACGUUAGUGGGAGACUGUUCACAGUCCAUUGAAUUCACAGCCGAUUAGCAUAUAUACACAUAGAGAAACUCCAUAGCCCUUUCCAGCUUCAAGGGAGCACCCUCCCUAAAGUGGAGAAUUUUAUUCAAACCUCCCGCCAACUCCAUCAGGAGAGAUACAAUGCAACAGAGGGAGCUUAAAUGUAACCCUGAAAAACCUUUGUCAACAUCAUCCUAAACCGCUAGCCAACACUGGCCAAUUAACUCAAUGAACCCUUUAAAUUCUGUAAUCAAACCUUGUUUCGGGCAUGUGUUCACAUGUAUUCAGCUUUUUUCCUAAGUAUUCUCCCCUUGUUAUUUUUCAAAUGUCUCGUUCUCCUUUGAAACUGUUCUAAUGUUCUGUUGUUCACUUCAGCCCAGGAAGACGGAUGGAGUUCCUGUUUUUACAUUAGUUUGAUUUCAGAUCAAGGGUGACUCUUUACCUCCCUUUAUUGGCAGAGACUGGAACAAAUGUAGGGCUGCAGUGUUAUCAUUUUUAUGCCAAAGGUAAAACAAAUGGACAUAACUUGCUGUAGAAUAACAAAACCAAUGCAACAGCCACUAAAACCCAUUAACUCUGGAUCAAGUAACCUUUAAGAGCACGAUGCAGUAUCUGCAGCAUGACUUUGAAACUGAGUAUGAUAACUGUCAGAACCUCUACUAUAGCUACCUUUCUGCAAUGUAAUGUUUUAUUUAUUGUAGUUAUAAGAAAACCAUAAACUGUGUUUUGCAACAAAAAAUAUUAAAAAUAUUUAUUUUUUACUGAUCUAUAAAAAAUAUAUAAACCAGAAGUGCACAAUGUUAAAAGCUCUGAUCAUAGCAAAUAUUGGCAUUUUUGAGUGAAUCACUUUUUUUCAAUGAAAGGGGGUAAAAAUAGAAUUGACGGCAGGAGUAACUUGCACUAUGCCAACAUUUACAAAUGUCAUUUUUUCUUUCAAGGUAAUAUAACUUAAAUUGCCACAAUUCAUCAUAUCAAAAAGCAACUUUUACAUAUCAUAGCACAAUGUAGGACAAAAACAUAUAUAUAUACACAAACCUACAGGAUUGUCAGAUUGUGCAAUUGGAUGACAUAUCCCCCUUGCCAAGACAUUUAAAAGUGCAACCUUUUAAUGUAGUAGACCAAGUAACUGUUAUAUCAACAUAGUUUAGCUAGAAUAAAAUGCUAAUUACAAAAAAGUGCCAUGAAAUAGCUCAGACUGUGGAUGAAAGUGUUAAAAACAUUGGUACCAUCAAAUAUUAUAGUUAUAUCAAUUGCAUAAAAUAUUAUUUGUCAUGAAUCAUAGUACUGAGACUGCACUCUUGAAGGUAAGAAAUGACCUUCUAAAGGUCUCAGACAAAGGUUCCGCAUCUGUCCAGUUGCUUCUUGAUCUUAGUGUUGCUUUUGACACUAUUGAUCACUCCCUUCUCUUAGAGAGACU